AUGGAUAGCUAAUAAGAAUCUAGACUUGUUUCAGAAUAAGGUUCACCAAAAUUGAAACUAACAGCUAAAUAAAGAGCAUAAAUAAUUAAAGAAUUUUUUGCUUCAAAAGGAAAAUAUCCAGUUUUUUCUAAUAAUUUAAUUGAUGAAGCUAUUGGACUUAAUUUUCUACCUUAUGACAAGAAAGAUAAAAUUUUAAGAGAUCCUAAUAAAUUAUCUAUAUUUUAAAUAGAAUUGAACUUGAAUUCUCCACGUACUAAAGAAGCAUUAUAAUUGAUGGAUGUAUAAGAAGAUUGGUGUCAUGUAAUGUCAUUUUUAGAUUUUUAAAGUGAUUUUGAUCACCCAAUUAAAUGUUUGGUAGAUUAUAUGGGAUAUUUGUAAGGAAAAUCUAAAAAGCUGUUGCAAAUAGUUUCUUUAAGAAAUAGACUAAAAAAAAUUAAUAAAAAUAAUAGUGUGAAUAAUAAUUUUAACACUAAUACUACAAUUACUUAAUAAGCAUCAUCUGUUUUUAUUACUGAUUAAAGAAACUCUUAAAUUUUAUCAAAAUCAUUAAAUACUAGAAGUUUGGAUUUUUUAUAAUAAUCAUUUGAUGAUAAAUUGGAACAAAUUACUAAAAGAAAUACAUAGUAUCUAAAUACUCUUAAAAAGCAUUAGUAAUUAGAUGAAGAGUAGAAUUAAAAAUUGCAACAUUAUUAUUCAUCCACAAUUCCUAAUAUUGCUAGGAAAGUAGAAAAAGUUCAAGAAACGCAUAGAUAGUAUAAUUAUUGUUGCUAUUUUUAGAGAACUUAAUUUAAAAAAGUAAUCUUAAAAAUAAAGAUAUAAAAAGACUUUGGAAAAAAUAGAAAAAUUAGAUAAAGAAGAUAAAGAACAUAGAUUAUAGUUUUAAGAAUAAAUUAAACAAAAAUUUGAAUAAUCUGAACUUAAUAGAAACUAAUUAAAUUAAUCUUAUUAAUUAGAAUUAUAAGAAAAUAUAGAAAAAAAUAAAAAACGAUAAGAAGAACGAGAUGCUAAAAAAUAAAGAGCGAAGGAAAUAGAAGAAUAGGAAGUAGAGGAAAUUAUAGAAAGAAAUUUAGAAAAGACAUAAAUGGCUGAAAAUUGUUUAAAAAAAAUAAGGAACAUAAUGAAAUAAAAAAAGAUUGAAUAACAAAAGAAGAUUGAAAUUGCUAAUAAAAGAGUUGCUGAGAUAUAAUAGGAAAAAGAUUAAUAAAGGUUAUAAUAUUUUAUUUAAAUUGCUGAUUCAAGUAAUAAGAUGGUAGAAUCAUAAAUGUAAAUAAGAGCAAAACGGCUAAAUGACUUAAAAUAAAAGUUUGAAAAAUAAUAAUCAAUCGUGCAGAAAAAUAAAAAAAGAAUACUUCAUGAAUUCAACUCUAAAAUAGAAGAAAUAAGAUCAUAAGAAGAAUGUAUCAUCAUUUUAUAAGUAAUUUUUAGAAAAACAAGAAGAUUUAAUUAAUGAAAACAAAACUUUAACUUUGUUAUCAGUUGAUAGAAUGAGAGAAACAGAUGAAAAACAGAAGCUUAGAAUGUAAAGAACAACAAGAAUUAAUUAAUAGCAUGAAGUAUAUAUAUUUUUAAAAUAAAUUUAAGCAAUAAUAGGAAAAAUGGUUGUAAAAGAUUAUAAAUGAGAAGCAAAAAUUGAAGAAAUUUAAAUCAUAAUAAGAGAUGUUUAAGGAUACAAUUAUUAAAUAACAUUUAGAAUUAAGAAACACAGUAGAUAAAUUGAUAAAAUGAGGC